GUUGCUAGUACCUACCAAACGGCCGAAAAAAUCAAAGACAAACGACUGUAGCUUCCCAACCAUCCUCGACUUCCGAACACUCUCAGACUCUCAGUACACUGUAGUUCUCCGCUAUUUUCCACAGGGCCGUUCAUCGGGAAACAAAAAUGGAGCCCCUGCCGCCAAAUCCUAUGCGGGCGAGGGUAGAUCAGCCACAGCCGCGGCCCAUCCUUCCCCCAGAACUCAUCGCCGAAAUCUUCACCUGGUUACCCGUCGAUUCACUGCUCCGAUUCAGGUGUGUCUGCAAAUCGUUCAAAACCCUAAUUUCCAGUACCGAUUUUGUCAAAUCACAUCUGAGAAGCAGGAAAGCUCUGUCCAAUACCAGACCCAACCGCGCCGAACGUCUCUUCAGGCGAUCAAUGAGCUUUUUUAUGAGGCGGGAGCGCGAUAUAGAUUGGCGUGUGCUUUCGUGCUCGCUUUACUCUGUGUACAACGACCCCCAAAUUGAUCUUCCGGAGCUUGGGUCUUUGCUGGAUCAAGAUGACGACUUUUAUGAUUGGAUUAUUGGAUCACGCGAUGGGUUACUAUGCUCUGUAAUCUACCCAAACCACGAUGUGGUCGUAUGGAACCCAUCUACCAGGGUUUCCAGAUCAUUGCCCAACUAUGAACCUGGCUUUGAAAAAUGGAGAAGCAGCUGUUACACGGUUUUUGGAUUUGGCUAUGAUUUCCAGCUUGAUGAUUACAAGGUGGUGGCAGUGCUUGCCUAUCGAGAUAAGCAAGGUAACGACACUGAGUAUCAAACUUCAGUUAAUGUCUUUUCUUUAAGAACUCGAGCUUGGAGGAAGAUGGGGGGUUUUCACUACGGAGUUCCUUUAAUGGGGGAUGCAAAGUUUGCUGCGGGCAGUCUUUACUAUAAAAUGUCAAUGUCUCCAUUUGGUGCCCUUGUCUCACUUGAUCUAGCAACAGAGACAUAUGACAAGGUAGUGCUACCUGAUCUGGGCAAGGAUACUACCCACUGGGAAUUGGAGACAUUAAUCGACCGCCUUAGCGUCAGUUGUUUCAAUGACGACGGUUUCUGCACGGUAUGGGUGAUGAAAGAGCUUGGAUGGACCAAGUUGUUCCGAGUUGGUGGGUUCCGUGGCGAGUUCUGCUGUCCACUGUACAUAUCGGACAUUGGUGAGGUUCUUUGGGAGACGUAUGAAAGUUUGAUCAUCUACAAUUACAAGGAUAAGAGCUGCAGGUUACCUACAUCCGAAGUCUUGAAAAAUCAAGACCGUCAUUCUACGGUGUACAUGGAGACUUUGGUUUCGCCCAUGAUCAUGAAUUAGCAGAGUGAGGUACCAUUAUCUAUAUGGAAACAUUGUGCUAUCAUGGUGACGGCAAGGAGCAAAGUAGUAGUACGUUUCAGUAGAUAUAUGUGUGUAUGACUAUAUAAUGUAAUCUUUGGAUCAAUGCUCGACUCGUGCUGCUGCUGCAAGGCAACCGAACUCUUAUUCUUAUUUGUUGUUGUCCGAGUUCGAGUACUGGUACCACUUCUUCUUCUUCAUGAAGCAUGUAAAUCCUUGGAUUCACAACUAUGGGUGAACAUUAGAUCAAUCGUAAGUUCGUUUUAAACUAGUAAUGGCUUACAGGUAAAAUUGUAAUCUGUGAAGUGUUAACUUAUAGGACUGUAAAUGCCGGUGGCAUGUUACGUCUUGCACUUUUGUCAACUCCUCCAUCGCUCCAGGGUUACUAUCCAAGUUUCAAGUACUGUCAUUUCCCGUAAAUUUGUUGCAUGAUAUGUUAUGGUACAAUCUAUUCCUGUUGAAAUUGUGGCAUUGCAUCAAAUAAUCCUUACACG